AUGUUACAAAGGAUUAUUUCUUCUCCAUUACGCUCGCCAUCAGCUGUCAAACCGGUCUACGGACAUUUACUUAAACGAACACUAGCAAGCACAUUAGUUUUACAGAACGAAGACAAGAAACAGACUGUGCUUCAGUUGAAAACACCCAAAGGAACAAAAGACUACAAUGACAAAGAAACAAAAGUACGGCAAUCUUUAUUUGACACCAUUACCCGCAUCUUUCAACGCCAUGGUGGUGUGACGAUCGACACACCUGUUUUUGAGCUCUCAUCGAUUCUCAGCGGCAAAUACGGCGAAGAUAGUAAACUCAUUUAUGAUCUCUCCGAUCAAGGUGGUGAAGCCUGUUCUCUAAGGUAUGAUCUCACCGUUCCUUUUGCUCGCUAUGUGGCCAUGCAUCAAAUUCAACAAAUGAAACGCUAUCAGCUUGCCAAAGUAUAUCGGCGUGAUCAACCCAAUAUGAGAAAGGGACGUUUACGCGAAUUUUAUCAAUGUGAUUUCGACAUUGCUGGUCAAUAUGAUCCUAUGAUCCCUGACGCAGAGGUUUUGAAGAUAUUAAAUGAUACAUUAGAUGCAUUAGAGAUACCGUUUUACCUGAAAUUGAACCAUCGGCAAAUUUUGGACGGAAUAUUCGAAAUAUGCGGUGUACGCCCUGAGCAUAUCAGAGCUGUAUCCGCAGCAGUGGAUAAGCUAGACAAAGUUCCAUGGACUGUUGUAGAGCAAGAAAUACUACAAAAAACAACAGCAACAACAGAUGUCACGAGUAAAACAGUGGCAGGAAAAAUACAGCAUUACGUUCAGUUCUUAUCAGAAUUACCUACAACCGAUCUUGUUGAAACAUUGGAAAGAGAUGAUGCAUUUUUGAAACAUUCAGGUGCAAUGAAGGGCUUAGCAGAUAUUAAAUUAUUGUUGGAGUAUCUAGACGUAUAUCAAAUGCGUGAUCGCGUUAAAUUGGACCUCAGUUUAGCACGUGGAUUGGAUUAUUACACAGGUGUGAUUUAUGAAGCCAUUGCUGAACCAUCAGAAGGUGUUGGAUCGAUCGCAGCAGGAGGUAGAUAUGACCACUUGGUAGGGAUGUUUUCUAACAGUAAGAAGACAAUUCCUUGCGUAGGUGUGUCGUUAGGCGUAGAACGCAUCUUUUCCAUAUUAAUGUCACGGCUUAAUAUGCAGGAAGUGAAGAGUAAUGCGACUCAAGUCUAUGUGAUCUCCGUGGGUGACGGGUUUCUAAAGGAACGCAUGGCUUUGGCACAGGAGUUAUGGAAGGCAGGCAUAAACGCAACCUUUAUGUAUAAGAAAAAACCGAAACUGGAAAAACAAUGGAUCGCAUGUGAAAAGGAUCAAAUACCAUACGCAGUCAUUAUUGGUCAGGAUGAGUUAGACAGAGAUCAAGUUCGACUGAAAGAUAUGAGAACUAAAAUAGCCGACCAGCGUGGUGGAUCAAUAUUGGCUCGAAAGGAUCUGAUAGAUGAGCUUAAACAGAGAUUAUCACGAAUGGAAAAUUAG